AUGACGGCGACUACCUCUGCCACAGCGGCUACUGCUACUGAUGGCGACCAAGCCCCUACUACUACAUGUGAUGAUACACUCGAUUUCCAACCGGCCCUGCCCGUGGAUCGCGAUUGGAUCAAGAAAUUGAUUUUGGAACAUUCGUCGAAUCCAUGCAAUGGCAAAGGCUUGGUGGUGGCGCCCAUGGUGGAUCAAUCGGACUAUCCCUUUCGACUCUUGUGUCGUCGGUACGGCGCCAAUGUGUCGUUUACACCCAUGAUGAAUGCCGGUUUGUUGGUGCGGCAACAGUCCUAUAAAGAAAAGUUUCUUCCCCGUCAACAACACGCCAACGAUCGACCUUUGAUUGCGCAAUUGGCUGGACACGAUCCUCUCAUUUUGGAACAAGCCGCCAAGUUGUUGCUGCCCUAUGUGGACGGCAUUGAUUUGAAUUGCGGAUGUCCCCAGGGCAUUGCCAAACGAGGAUUCUACGGAGCCUUUUUACUGGAAGAUGAACAAGUGCUCCUAAAAUGUGUCAAGCACUUGGUCAAGACCAUUUCCAAACCGGUCACGGUCAAAGUACGAGUCUUACCGGAAGGAGACGAUGCAUCCUUGCGAUUGUACCACAAAUUGGCCAAUUGUGGCAUUCAUCUACUCACCAUUCACGGACGAACACGACAUCAAUUGCACGUGCAAACGGGAAAGGCCGAUUGGAACAUUAUCCAACGAACUGUUCAAGAAUUGGGACAUCGCAUUCCCAUCUUUGCCAAUGGCAAUAUUGGAAGUUACGACGAUGUCCAACGUUGUUUGGACGAAACGGGCGUCGAUGGAGUCAUGUCCAGUGAAGCACUACUGGAAUAUCCUGCUCUCUUUGACGCUACUGCCAUGAGAAUGGGACGAAUACAAAUGGCCAAGGAAUACUUGCUGCUCGCCAAACAAUAUCCACCUCAAAUCGGACAUCAAGGAAGUGGCAUCAAAUGUCUCAAGGCACACAUACAUCGAUUCCUACAUCCCGAUCUAGAAUCCGCAUUCAAUAGUACCGACCAUAUUCUACGACAACGAGUCGCACAAGCGGCCGAUUGGCAAGUCUUGUGGGAUACGGUAGAAUUCAUUGAACAAAAGCAAAAGCAGGAAGAACACAAGGUGGAAGAAGAAGAAUUGAGUUGGUACAUGAGACAUAGAAUCACGGUCACGGACGCACACGGCAAUCUCAUGACGGCACUCGAAUUGAAAGCUCUGUCUGAUACAGGAGCCAAACUCGCACCCAAGUACCUGGAGGACCAUUGUGGAGACGACGAACAAGAUCCCGCUGACAUGGGUCAUUCCCUCUUUACUGCUGGUGGAGGUGAUGAUGAUGGAGAUUAUUGA